CCCACACUCACUCAAAACAUCAAGUAAAUCUUGCGGCUCCUCGUUAUUUUUCCUAAUAUACCGUGCCUUUUGCCUCCGCGGCGCUUCCUUUCAUGACAGAUAUUGAUAUAAGCCACCAGGGCUGAGCCGAGUCGCCCGAAUCGACCCGGGAUCGGCGCCGAUCGAGCGGAAAAAGGCGAUAAUCCAACCUGUCACCAAACUCCCGGGAAAGUCGAGGCCCGAGAACAGUGAAGUUGGUUCAGGUGUGUGUGUGUUGUGUGGCGACGGUGGCGGCGUGUGGAAGCGAGGGAGAGAGAGAGGGGGGAAGAGAAAGAGAGAGAGAGAGAGGAAGAGGACGACUAAACAACAGUCGAAAGGAGAGACGGCGCGAGAAUCUGAAUAAAACACGGGAGAAGGAAGAAAGAAGAAGGAGGAGGAGGUAAACAGAUAAUCCAGUCGGGAGGUCAUCAGCUGAUUUGUAUUUUUUUUUUUUGUUUGUUUGUUUUUCUGUCCUCUUUGGCGGGAGAGUAAGAGGUUGAAGCACAGAAGACAAAACAAGAAAAAAAAAAAAAAACGAGAGGAAGAGAUUGAAGCGCGAGAAGAGAACCAGGAGGAGGGAAAGGGAAGUGAGAGACAGAGAAAAAGGCGAAGGACUCUCCAUGACUCUCCUCUGAGAUGCCGCUUCUGAACAAGAGACCUUUCACGAGGAAGGAGCCCUCGUCCAGCCUCCUCGACCAGGAUAAGGUCUUCUACUGCGAGAUCACCAACGAGGUCUUCACUGACUACGAUGAGUACUGGGAGAGAUUGGUGUUGUGUAAUGCUAUGGUGUGGACCUGCGAGCUGACAGGGCGACCAGGUCUCACUUAUGCAGAAGCUUUGGAGAGUGAGACAAAGGCCAGAAAAUGCCUUGCCAAUGUCCCAAAGCCUCUUCACAAGCCAAUGAUAUACAUAGGUUCAUUGACACGGCGUGGUCGUUAUGCUGAUAUGAGCGACGAUGUUUUCAACUUCAUCAGAGACCGAUACUUUGUUGAUGAAGAGGUGGAGGCCAUUGUUAACAAGCAUUGGUAUGAUUGCAAGGUUCUUCGGAUCAUUUAUCCAACACCAGAAGAAAUAGCCAAAUAUGAAGAAGAAAUGGCAGACAGCGAUGAGGAGGAGGAGGAGGAGGAGGAACAAAAGAAAGAAAAGGAGGAGGUGAAGGUGAAUGGUAUAACAACAGAGGAUGAUGAUAUUCAAGUAAUCAAAGUUCUUGAGAAAAAAGAGGAUAAGAAGAAGAAGGAUGAAGAUGAAGAUUAUCCUCCUUUUGCUACCUACAAAUAUGAAGUUAUUGAAAUUGAACCUUGGGAUAACAAGGAAGCGAAAAAACAUAUUGUAACCUGGGAACAAAUCCGACGUAACAAGGGUGUCUUCACCAGGGAGAAGUGUAAACUCUUUUUGAAGCAAUGUGUACAGCUGUCUCCUUCAGGGUUCUGGAUCAUUAAGGAUAGAACUGCUAAAAGAUAUGACUUGGCAAACACAAAAUAUUCCGACAUAUUCCUUGGUGAUCCACCUAAGCUCCAAGAAACCAAGUCUAAGAAAAUGCCGGCUUUCCUCAAUACGAGCAGUGAUGGGCACAAGAAAGAGGCAAAAGAGAGGAAGAAGAGAGAGAAGAAGGAGGCGAGGGAGAAGCCUGCUGAUGGGGACUCCAAAAAGAAGGGACGUCCUCCCAUGUCCGAGGAGGAGAAGCAGGCUCGGAAGAAAAUGUUAAAAGAUGCCAAAGAAGAGUUGAAAGCAGAGAAAAAGGAAGAAAUUAAGCAAAGAAUAGAGAAAGAAAAGGAAGACAAGAAGAAGGAGAGAGAGAUUAAGAAGGAAGAAAAGAGACUAAAAUUAGAAUACAUAAAGGAUUGGAAGAGAAUGCGAGAUGACCUGGACUGUGAUGACCACAAGGACCUCCCAACACCCACCCCAAUCCAGUGCCGCAUCCCAGAUGAACUCUUCAGUGACUUCAUCAUGGUGCUCGAAUUUGUCAACGUUUUUGCAGAGCUGCUGGAACUGAAGGAUGUGUAUCCACAAGGCAUUACCUUUGACAUGCUGGAACAUGCUCUUGUUGAGAAGGAAGUUGCAGGUGUGAUGAAUGACAUUCUGCAGCUGCUACUCCAGGCCAUCUUCACACUACAGGAGGAGGAAGAUGAUGAAGUGGAGGCAGACAACACAGUAGAAGAAGUGAUGGAAGUGGACACUGAGGACAUCUCAAUUCAGGAGGCAGUGCGUGUAGCCAACCGUGCUUCCACUUGGAGCCAGCAGUACCACGGUGUGCCCCUUCAGAAGGCCCCGCUUGAUGCCCUCACCCUCUCAGAAGUCCUGCGCCUGCACAUCCUGGCUUCGGGAGCCACUAGUGUAGCUAAUGCCAGAUGGAGACAUUUCAACCGUGGUGGCUUUAAGAACCGGGAUGACCCAGGGCUGCAGUUCAAGUUGGAGGAACCAGCUAUCAUCAAGGCCCUAAACACGCAAGCAGUCUCAGAUUUGCCUUUAGCAAGCAAGCUGAAAAUCCUCAGUCUCCUGGUUGGGCAAAUUCUAACCUAUGCCUCAGUUCGUGAUGUCAUUGAUGACAACAUAGAAAAGCUGAAGGAAAUGAAAAACAAGUUACGCAUUCACCAGCUGACUCAGAUAAAGAAGGAGAAGAUUGAAAAUGCUGCUCGAUUGCAGGAGAAAAGGGAGAGAAAGCAAAAAGAGAGAGAGAGGCUGCUGAAGGAAGCUGAGAAAAAAGCAGCUGCUGCAGCCAUGACAGGUGAGCCAGACAAACCUAUCAAACUGGAUGAGGAUGAUGAUGAAGAAGAGGAGGAAGAGGAGGAGGAGGAAGAAGAUGAGGUAGUGAGGGCUGCUCGACUUCUGAAGGAAGAGAAGAAUAAGGAGGCCAGGAGACAGGAUUUCCUUAAGAGAGAGAGAGAACUGAUGCAGCAGGUGCUGAACAUGGCAAAGGGUGUGAGCAUCACUCCACUUGGCCAAGACAGAGCCUACCGUCGUUACUGGAUCUUUAAUUCACUACCAGGUCUCUUUGUAGAGGACAAUGAGCUAAAUCCUGGCACUUGUAGGCCAACACCCACGCCCUACAACCCUCACUCUAACCUUGACAUGACAGAUGCUCUCCAGGAUCUGUUCAGGGUCCAGGCUGAAAAGAAUAUUGAAAUGAUCAGUGCUGAGAAGGAUGACAAGAACAACAGUGACAAAGAGAACGAUGGCAGCGACAGCCCAGCUAAGCAAGGGAAAGCUUCACCAAACAAGAAAUUGCUGCAGACUCCUGACCAGAACCAGCACCCAGACCAGAACGAGGCUAAGAAGCAGCCUUCUGCGGAGGGAGUUGAUUUCAUUGAAAAGAUGGAAGUAAAUCCCCCACACUUGACAAAUGGUGAUGUGAAAAUGGAAUGUGAAGUUGACAGUGUGAACAGUGUGACGGUUAGUGACGAUAAUCACCCAGACGUAUUUGGACUUUGCUGGGCUAAUCCGAAGACAUGCCCAGUGCACACACAGGGAACUGAUCGCCAUUUCUGGUACUUUUUCCAUCGCUUGGAAGACUAUCACCUUUUAACUGAGUCACUGAAUGAGAGAGGCUAUAGAGAAAACAAAUUGAAAGUUAAUUUAGAGUGCUAUAAAACAACAAUAGAAACCUCAUUAAGAAUGUGCCCAGUGUACAAACUUGACCCCUCUCAGGAACCAGAAAUUGACCUCUCUAUCCGCAAGUCAAAUCGCAACAUGACAACAAAGAAGGAUAGUGAUGUAAACCUAAACUUCCCACUGGGAACACCCAUUGAUGAGAUCCUCCAGCUAACUCUCCGAGACAUGAUCUUGGAGACAGAGGAGAAGAUUCACAUGGGGAUGUUGGGGUCCCUCAGAGUGGAAGACAGAGACAAGUGGAGAAUGGCUAUAGAGCAAGGAAGUUAUAUCAGAGAGGCAGAAUUAGACUGGGGAGGCCGCAAGCGUAUCUCUCUGUUGAAGACGGACCUUGGUAUUGAAGUGGGAGAAGAUGAUGUAGAGGACCUCCUUGAUGAUGCGGCUGAUAUAGUUAAGGACUUGGCUCUGGCCAUUUUACAACUUGGCCAGUCUGUUGAUUCCAAGUAUCUACAGCAGCCACUAGGUGAAACUGAUAAGGCACGGAAGAUCAGAGAACAGGCGGAGGAAAGAAUGAGGAAGAAGAGCAAGAAAAGCACAAAGGAGGAGGGAGAAGGAGGAGAAUCAGAAAGUGAGUCUGAGGAGGAAGAGGAAGAAAGGUUUCCCUGCAAAUCACAGCUCCAGACUACUAUGAUAUUGUAAAGAAACCAAUGGACUUUGGAAGGAUCAGAGAAAAGCUAAACUGUCUGAAAUACACAACAGAUGACGAGUUCAUAG